CAGGACCCUGCCUAAAGGCAUCAUUCUUCUACAGGAAAUGAAGCCGACUGUCAAACAAAAUGGCAAUAAUGCCACAACAGAUGAUCAUAUUAGGAGUGACAGUAGCACCAUGAAUGACAGUGAUAUCAAGAGUUUCAGCAGCCUGACCAAGAUUAACGAGAUCGUGAACACCAGUGGAAACUCAAAUGCUAGUGAAGUUACAACCACCAAGGAGAAAACAAGCAGUAGCAACAUCAACAAUGCCGGUAUAGAUGUAAACACCAAGACAGACAUAAGCUUCAGUGAAGACAUUGGUGCCUGUGGAAUUGAGACUGACAGCAAGACCGCACAUGCAACCAACACUAUGAUCUAUGGUGAUAUCACCAGUGUCAACGACAUCAUGGGUGUCAGUGGGGGUUCAAGCACCUUUAGGAGCUUGAGCCUGAGCACCCUAAGCAGCAUGAGCACCCUUGGGACUCUGAGUUCCAGUGGGAGUGUCAAACCACGGUCUACUGUUUUGGCCCUCAGCCGGGUCCUCAACCGAUCACACUAUAUCUCCAGGGACCAACUCUGGGAGGCCAGUCAGCCAGGCAGUAGGGCUCUGGUGGGAGCUCUCCAUGGACCCAACUCCACCUUCCUCAUGGAUGAUGAGGCUGAACUCAACAAUGGUGCACAGAUCCAGUCGAGACAUCUUAUACUCUACAAUGAUACUCUCAUCAUUGCCAAGCCCAAGUAGGAUAUCCCCACCACACAGGAUGGUAGUAGU